AUGGCGCCAUAUGGCCAAAAAGGUACAACCAUAGACGGAGGCGACUGGGACAGUCUAAUCUUAUAUAUAGAUAUAUAUAUUCAUAUAUAUAUAUAUAUCUUUAUGGAUGAUCAAGAACUCGAGCAGCUUUACACACGGCAAUUAGGAGAUGCAAUCAAACACCAGACUCAACAGGCCAUAGCAAUCCUUGUUAGGCAAUAUUCGUCCGAGUUUGGACUCAAAGCACUUAUACCUCCCAACAAAGAAGAUGGCAAUCUAUCAAAUGCCCUGAGUUCAUUGUACGCCGAGAUCACACAACUUUACACGAAUAAUGCCCUGAUAUUUGAUAACCAUCUUCAUUGGGAUACUUUGUGGAGGCAGGAGUUAUCCUUCAAAGUACUCAGUAAACAGUACACCGCGGACGCUGUCAUCGAAGCCUCGCUCCCAAGAGCACGUAAGGCAGUCUGUCAGAUCUUCCACGAGGAAUUAGAUCCCUUUAUGCAGUGGUUUCCGUGGUCGUGGUUUUCAUCAAUGCAGUUCAUCGGUGCAGGGGGGUUCUCUGCAGUGUACGCUGCUCAGUUGGCACCUCCUUAUGUUUCUCAGUCAUCUCAAAUCGCUCUAAAGGUAGUUGACGAUAAGCUACUCAACGAGAUAACCGUACAAUCCAGGGCCUAUCUGCCUCUCCUAUUCAAAGGUCUGACAGUAUGUGAAAGUACAGGAGAUCUGAUGAUGGUGAUGAAACUUAGCAACGGAGGGAAUCUAGAAGACCACAUGCACCAACUACCACUUGGCGAUCUCGAUCUCAAGACCAUCACAGGCACAAUGCUCCGAUUAGCGGUGAAUCUGGCGGACCUGCACAAAACCGAGACUUGUCAUCGUAAUGUCCAUCCAAGGAAUAUCAUUUGUACUGAUAGCGAUUACUUUUUGGUCGACUACCGAUUCGCCACUCAUGCUCAUGAAUCUUCAUAUGUAACUGCCCUAACAAAAGUUGUGUAUGGUCGACCCCCUUACAUUGCUCCUGAAGUGAGACAGGGGAUCUACACAAAAAAGUCAGACGUCUACAGCCUGGGAGUGAUAUUUUGGCAGUUAGUAAGCAAAGUAAUAUUCCCUUCACCGGACAUUCUCUUGGAUCGGCGCCAGCCUCCAGAUCAUAUAUACCGCAUCGAACCUGUGCCCGGUGUACCAGAAUGGUUCGGUGACUUGUGUAAAGCGUGCUUGGAACCUUUACCUGAAAAUAGACCUGACGCCGGAGAGUUGUGUGACGCCCUUCAGGCGAUUCAUGCGGCGAUGGACUUUUCAGUACCUCUAGUUCCCCAAGUCACUGAGUACAUCAUCGCUCGACGGGCAGAAACGGCCAAUCAUAUGCGUAUGUGUUUAGACCUAAAGGGUGCUGUAUCCACGACCCAACUAUUUACGCUCACUCAACUUCCUUCAACUACACAUCUUGUAUUACUGAAAUUUACCAAUAAACCUUUUGCCCUGGUUAGGCAAACAUUGAAAAGUUAAC